UGUUUAUGCGGGAGCUUGUUUUAGGUCGGCCUCAGUUCCACGGUGCUCGUCCAUGUGUUGUUGCUCCUCUCGGUUUCUGCUCGCUCCCGGUCCCGGUCCCGUUCCCGGUCAGUACCGGCCUCUCUCUUAGUCCCGUUAACGGCUCUGAUGUCACCGGUCAUGUCUACCGGCGGCAGCUCGUUGUUUUCCGGUUUCCGGGUUCUAGGACUUUAUUCGAACCACGUGCCGCACGCGCUCCGGUAUCAUCAGAAACACCGGGAGUUCUACGUGGUGACGUCAGUCGGUCGAAGCUUUCACACAUUCAACGUGAACAGGUUGGGCAUCGUAUCCAUCAGUAACAGCCUGGAUGAUGACAUCAGCUGUGUGGCGGCUGACAGGAUGCUGGUGUUUGCCGCCACCGGGCAACUCAUCAGCGCCUUCGCCAGGAACAAAGAGGUGGUCAUGCGUUACCAUGGCCACAGACAGGAAGUGCGCCUCCUGCUUCCUCUGGGGGAUCAGCUGAUCUCUGCUGACAGCGGCGGUGAUGUCAUCGUGUGGGACGUCCAGGGGGGUGACGUCUACCUGCGGCUCCAGUUCGACCCGACCACCUUCGACGUGUCGGCCAUGAUGCAUCCCAGCACCUACAUGAACAAGGUGCUGCUGGGUAGUUCCCAGGGUGCAUUGCAGCUCUGGAACAUCAAGACCAGUAAACUGCUGUUCACGUUCCCUGGAUGGUCAGCAGGGGUCACUGUUCUACAGCAGAGUCCUGCAGUGGACGUGGUCGGCGUUGGCAUGGCAACAGGUUGCAUCAUCAUCCACAACAUCCGUCUGAACGAGGAGUUGAUGAGAUUCACUCAGGACUGGGGACCAAUCACGACGCUCUCUUUCAGAACAGAUGGUCCUCCCAUCAUGGCGUCCGGCAGUCCUCAGGGCCACAUUGCAUUCUGGGAUUUGGAGCGUCGUCAGCUGGUCACUCAGCAGAGACACGCCCACAGAACCGCCGUCGCCGCAGCAACGUUCGUUCACAAAGAGCCGCUGUUGAUCACCAACGGAGCCGAUAACGCCAUCAAGGUGUGGAUAUUUGACCAGGAAGGGGGCGGAGCCAGAUUGCUGAGGAGUCGUCAGGGCCACAGUGCCCCACCCACCACCAUCCGUCACCACGGCAACGAUGGCAAAAACCUACUGAGUGCAGGUCAGGACGGGACGCUGCAGUCCUUCUCCACCGUCCACGAACGCUUCAACAAGAACCUGGGCCACGGGUCUGUGAAUAAGAAGAAGGAGCAGAAGAAGAAGAAGGGGCUGACCUACGAGGAGCUUCGUCUUCCUGCCAUCACAUCGUUCUCCUCUGCUGUCACUCGCCAGUCGGACUGGGACGGCAUCGUCGCGUGUCAUCGCGGUCGCCGAGCAACCACCACAUGGAACUACCAGAGGUGCACCAUGGGAGCUCACCACCUGCAGCCUCCAGGUGCUCCGAGAGAUACCGUCGCCACGGCCGUUGACAUCACUUCCUGUGGAAACUUCGCUGUGAUUGGCUCGUCGUGCGGCCGCGUCGACGCCUACAACCUCCAGUCUGGGCUGCACCGCGGUUGCUAUGGCAACAGUGAAAAAGCGCACAGCGGUGUGGUGCGAGGUGUCGCCACGGAUGCCCUAAACCAGCUGACCUUCACUGUCGGCUCUGAUUGGCUGCUGAAGUUCUGGCGCUUUAAGACACGGAAACAGGAAGAAGAGCUGAAGCUAAACGCUGCACCGGCUAGCAUGAUGCUACACAGAGAGAGCGGGAUGCUAGCUGUGGCGCUAGAUGACUUCACGCUGGUGGUUGUUGACAUCGAAACCAGACGAGUUGUCAGGAAGUUUGCGGGUCACCAUGGCAACAUCAAUGACAUGACGUUCAGUCCUGGCGGCCGCUGGCUGGUUACCGUGGGAAUGGACCGGACCGUUCGGACCUGGGACCUCCCCUCUGGAUGUCUGAUCGACUGCUUCCUGGUUGCCAUGGCGCCAGUGACGGUGUCCAUGUCGCCUACUGGUGACUUCCUGGCGACGGGUCAUGUGGACAGUCUGGGCGUUUACCUCUGGACCAAUAAGAGCCUUUGUGGACCGGUGGGGCUCCGCCCCCUCCCGGCUGACUACCAACCAGCUGUGGAGGCGUUUCCGGGCGUCAGGGCAACCGAGGCAGAACAGGAAGUGAUGUCAGAGGAAGCUGAUGACACGUACCAGUCAGCUGAGCAGUUGGGGGCGGAGCUUGUGACUCUGUCUCUGCUGCCUGAGUCUCGGUGGAAAAACCUGCUUCACCUGGACCACAUCAAGAGGAGGAAUAAACCGGUAGCGCCCCCUGCUGCUCCGGUGGCGGCGCCGUUCUUCCUGCCGACGGUUCCCGGUCUCACGCCCAGAUUCACGUUGCCCGCGGCAACCGACCAGGAAGUACAGUCCAAGCUGCUGGUGAGGACGUCUCAGAGGUCAGAGGUCAGUCUGGCCCUGGAGGAAGCUCUGGCCUCCACUUCCUUUGACCGGCCGGUGUCUCUCCUGAAGGAUUGUGGGCCGUCGGCGCUCUCUGUGGAGCUCACCGGUCUGACAUCAGAAGGGGGCGGAGCCAGCAGCCUCCUGCUCGCCUUCAUUCUGAUGAUUGACAGCAUGUUGGCCAGUGGGCGGGACUUCGAGCUGGCUCAGGCUUACCUGGCCCUCUUCCUGAAGCUCCACCUCCGCUCGCUGUCGCAGGACGCUGUCGCCAUGGCAGCAUUGCUCCGCCUCUCCUCCCGGCUGGAGGCUCGGUGGGCGGAGCUUCGUGCAUCAUUUGACCAAUCACUGUGUCUGCUGUCGUACACCAAGAGUGCACUACUGUGACACACACAAUAAUACACACACACACACUAUUUUUUUUAUUAAAGUUGUUGACGUUGA